AUGUCAUGGCUGACACUGCUGCUAAGAUGGUCUUGUGGGAUGUAAACAUAACAGCUUCCUCUCCCUCUCUCCAGACUCAACACAAGACGCCUUAUCUCUCGCGUGAGCCAAUCCUUUUGGAACAACACACUCACCGACGCCUUGUGCAUCCUGUGCAUCACUUCUAUGGGUCAGAACUGCAGAGACUCCUCCCAACAGGUCGUAGCCAGGGGUGAGGAAACAGUCCCACGUGCUGGAUGUAGCUGUCACCGGCGUCCGCUUGGAGUAGUACCACACAACAUUCACUGCUUAUCUGCAUCUCCCGCGUCUGACCCCCGACCCGUUUCCAUUCACACCGUGCUUUGCUACGCAGCCAGCUUCUAGCCCCGGGGGCCGCCAGUUUUGACCUGCCCACACUGCUGGCGGCGGCAGGCGUUCAUCUCUCACAACAGUCUGCGGUGAUCUGCCUCACCUAUAUUCUCCUUAAGAAGACGGGGUGGCCUCCAUGCCAGUGAUCUCAUCAUAGCGCGUCACCAGGGCUCAUAGCUCACAAUCUCUUGGCUCUGAAGAAAGAUUUCUCAGCGAACGUUCUUCUCACAGCACUGCCACUCCCACCGGACUGCUCUCCUCCACAGACUGACAUCACUCCACAUCCAUGGGAUUAAGGUGAUUUCCAAGAUCCCGGUCUUGCUUUCAAGACACUCAAGCGCACCAGGAUUUUCCUCCAGAAGACAGGGCAACUGUCUUCUGGACAACCAGAAUCUAACCACAUAGCCUGCCUACUGCCAGCACCUGCAUGGCCACAUCAAAUUCCUAACAAGAACAAAAGCAAGACAGAAAGGCAGUAGAUUUGAAUCCAGUGGAAGUAUAGCAGAUAGAGGGAGUAAGGAUAUGUAAACUGUAGUAUCUCAUCCUAAGAAGAAAAAGGAGAGGAGGAGCAUGGAGCACCAUGAGUGGAGGAGAGUGCUGUGGAAGAAGCAGCCAUUCCCAGACAACUAUGUGGGUGAUUCCUUCCUCAGGGUUAGCAAGAAACGAAAGGAAUUAUCUUUGUGUGAGGCAUGUCAUGGGGCAUUGUCUGUCACCCAUGAAAUAUGCAGCUGUUUGGGUCUGGUGGUAAUUUUCUUUGGAAUAUCAGAAAGUCAUCUUAACUCUGCUUGUGUCCUGACCUUGACAGCAACAAUGGGAGUGGGGGGCUACAUUAUCACCAGGACUAAGCUUAUUACCUCAGUGCGAGAUGACGUGAAGGUAGCGUGCUUCUACAUGGUGCUGAUUGCCUGUGCCUCACCCAUAAUCAAGAGUCUGACAGGGAGUGUUGCCACAGACUCCAUCAACGCCUCUACCACCUUCCUCCUGCUCCUCCGUCUGGCUGUGCACGACUAUGGAACAGAAGUGGCAAUAGUGAAUCCAACUGUGUCUCACAAUGUGGGUCUCUUUGCUUCGGUGUGUUUGGCAUCCAGGUUGGAGAGUGACCUGGAUGUCUUCACUCUGAUGACUGUGGCGGUGACUUUCUUCACCCUCUUCCCCAGCUUCAGGAGAUACUUUCAGAACCAGCUGGGCUACAGGUGGUCCAUGGUCGUGACAUUGGUGGUGGCAGUGAUUACAGUGUCAGGAGUACUGCUGUAUGCUCCCCAUCUCCUGCUGCUCUUCCUCAUAGCUCUGUUUGUCUGCAACUUCCUUAUUCCAUUGUUGUAUGUCUCCCUCCAGGGAUAUAAACAAAAUAUAUAUGGACCGUGGGAUGAAGCACAGAUUGAAGGCAGAUAAAAAAUCUUAAGUACAUUAUAAGGUAUACCAAUUGAUUUUUGAAAUACAAAAUAAUAAAUUAAUACAGUACAGCUCAUCAUACAA